UAUGGCAGCAAGUGUGUUUUUCCUGCGAGAGAGGCGGCGGCCUGCAGGCCCGACCUUAUCUCGCCCAGAGGGGAGGAUGUGGUCAGCGCCCGGGGGGCUUUGUCAAUGGUUGCACUGCACUGGUGCUGCUGUUGCGGCAUGGAGCCCAUUGUUACCGCCGGGCUCAGAAACUGUCUGCGAAACCUCACUCUCCGGGGGAGGUAUAAUAACAGCCCCUCAACGUCUGCUCGGCAUAUUUGUCGGCCGAUUCAUACCCAGCCAUGGACACGCAGUCUGAUUUGGACGUGAUCUUAGAGUUCCUGGAGGAGUACCAUAGGCACAACACCGUAAGCGGCGAGGAGGCGUCGUACUGGGGUGCGGGUGUGCAGGAGGAGGCAAAGAGUGCUGAGGACACCACUUGGACACAAUUCUGUUGGCCUUGUCAACCUCAUAGCAUCCAAGCUUCCGCUCAUCCGCCGACCUGCGAGCCCUCAGCAGCACCCUUCAGCCAAAUAACGGCCACGGGACCAACGCACGGCCCGCAGCCAGACUUUGUGUCAUCGAGACAACUAGCCAAACAUCAGGCAGCGGAGGCUGGCAGCGGUAGGAAAGUCCGUCUGUUCCACUUCCUGUUCGAGAUGCUGGAGAACCCGGCCAUGGCCCACUGCGUGUCCUGGGUGCCGGCGGCCGAGGGCGUUUUCCGCUUCUCCGCCCGCAACAAGGACCAGCUGGCGGCACUGUGGGGGCAGAGGAAGGGCAACAAGAGGCCGAUGACGUACCAGAAGAUGUCCCGUGCCCUGAGGAACUACGCGCGGUCCGGCGAGAUUUUCAAGGUGAAAAAGAAGCUGACGUACCAGUUCAGCGAAAAGACCCUGAAGCUGCUUCACAGGCGUCACCAUGGAGACGUGACAUGCAAGCCACAUGUGUAAACUUUUUCUUGUUCCAUUUGUGUUUCUGUUACACUUGUGCUGUCCAAAAACAGUUAUUAUGCUUUCAAUGUUAAUAAUGUUUUAUUAUUCACAUGCUGUAAAAAAUAAAAGUCUGUUGCUUUUACACUAAAAAA